AUGAGAAUCCGAGCCAACCAAAAUAAUCUAUUUAGAGAAUCGAUAUUUCCAGAUGGCAGCCCCAUACGUUAUUUUUGGCGCAAAAGUCCCACCACAUUGGGUAAGUUGACAUACGUGUUGAACUCUAAUUCAAAGCUUGCCAUUGGCACCAUUUUGACCGUUGUUGGAGGAAUUACCGGUCCAAAGUACUUGUCCUCUGCUCCACCGGCAGCUGCUCCAGCAGCUUCUCCGGCCCCAGCUCAAUCCUCUGAGCCAGAACUCGAUGUUGAGAAGGCAAUCAAGUAA